AUGAGCGGGAAGAUACAAAGCCCCGAAAUAGCAGUCCACUACAGACACGUCGCUCUCGACGCUCAUUACGGAGCGAGGACUGCGCGAGACAUAGCCGUUGGCGAUCCCCGUCCGUUCUGGGAUAUCGACGCUGUCGAGAGACGCGAAGGCUGA